UCCAGUUUGAAGCGCGCAUCGCACUAUCUGGGUGCUGCAUCCUAAACAUGUCUGACACAGAAGAAGCCCAGUACGAGGAACAAGAGACCUCGGAGGAAAAUGAUGCAGAUGAGACAAAGCGCAGGUUAAAGCCUGGUUUUGUGGCUGGUUUGGCACCUCCAAAAAUCCCAGAUGGAGAAAAAGUGGACUUUGAUGACAUUCAUCGAAAAAGAAUGGAGAAGGACAUGACUGAGCUCCACACUCUGAUCGACGUUCACUUUGAGAAGCGCAAGAAGGAGGAAGAGGAGUUUAACAACCUCACAGAUCGCAUUGAGACACGCAGGUCAGAGAGAGCAGAUCAGAUGAAGAUCAGAGCUGAGCUAGAAAAAGAACGGCAGAACAAACAAGCUGUAGAGAAAGCGAGAAAAGAAGACGGGGAGGCAAAGAAGAAAGCAGACGAUGAUGCAAGGAAGAAGAUGAUUCUGUCCAACUUGAGUUUCACUGGAUACAAGCAAACACAGCCUGGGGGUAAAAAACCAACAGAAAGAGAGAAGAAGAAGAAGAUCCUAAAUGAACGGCGCAAAGAGUUAAAUAUUGAUCACAUGAAAGAGGAGAAACUCAGGGAAAAAGCCAAGGAACUCUUUGAAUGGUUGCACCAGCUGGAGUCAGAGAAGUUUGACCUGCAGUAUACGCAGGCUAAGCAGAAGUAUGAGGUCACCGUGCUGAGAAACCGAGUCAGUGAUCAUCAGAAAGUUGGAGGGGAUCCGAAAGCUACCAAGCAUUCAAAGAGCAUCAGAAGCAAGCGGGGCCUGAGGAAAUAACAUGUGACGACAACAGGAAGGAAACUGCCAGACCUGACAUUUAAUGACAAUAAAGUCAACCCCAUAAUGUGUUUUUUUCUAAAUACUUUCUAAAUGCAAGAACAAAACAACAAACACAAAUCUGUGAAUCAGUGUGCUGAGUACAUCCGCAGGAAUGUAGAGGUUAUGAUUAGACUGAUGUGUUACGGCUUGUGUUUAUUAAAGUGGGAUUUGACAGGAGGUAUGUGAUUUCUGAAAUGAAAGUAUGACAAUCGAACAUCAUUUACAAUGUACUCCUAGUUCUAAGACUUAAUGUAAGAUUGAGUAAUAAGUUCUUGUGUGAUCAAUUUUGUGGUUGGAAUAAAUAAAAAAAACGUCUUUAUUUUAAA